AUGGAGCAAACAUGUGAUGAUAUAGAUGAAAUGUUCAGCAAUUUACUUGGGGAGAUGGACAUGCUGACCCAGAGUUUAGGAGUGGAGACUGUGCAACCUCCAUCCCCCAAAGUGUCCAACAAUGAAUUUAGCUUUACAGUUGGUUUUAAAGAUUUAAACGAAUCCCUAAGUGCCCUAGAGGACAAAGACCUGGAUGCUUUAAUGGCUGAUCUUGUAGCAGACUUAAAUGAUGUUGAACAGAGAACUUUACAAGCCCAGAAAGCUUCUGGCAACCAGCAAAGUACAGUCACUCAGCCUUCAACAGGCUUGGAUAGUGACAUUUAUUCUAAAUCAAGCCCCUAUGUUACCAUUACCGGACGGUUUGAGGAUGACUUGCCCCCUCCACCUCCAGACCCUGAUUUAGACCUUCCACCACCACCACCACCACCUCCUCCUGAGCCACUCACACAGGAAGAACAAGAGGCACAGGCUAAAGCUGACAAGAUUAAACUUGCACUGGAGAAACUGAAGGAAGCCAAAGUUAAAAAGCUUGUUGUCAAGGUGCACAUGUACGAUAACAGCACAAAGUCACUAAUGGUGGAUGAGCGUCAGGUGACACGGGAUGUUUUAGACAACCUCUUUGAGAAAACCCAUUGCGACUGCAACGUCGACUGGUGUCUCUAUGAAAUGUACCCAGAGCUGCAGAUCGAAAGGUUUUUUGAAGACCAUGAAAAUGUUGUUGAAGUGUUAUCAGACUGGACUCGAGACACAGAGAAUAAGAUUCUGUUUUUGGAAAAAAGUGAAAAAUAUGCUUUAUUUAAAAAUCCCCAGAAUUUCUACCUGGCAAACAAAGGGAAGAAUGAAAGCAAAGAAAUGAAUGAUAAAAACAAAGAGGCUUUACUGGAGGAAAGCUUCUGUGGGACAUCUGUCAUUGUGCCAGAGCUUGAAGGGGCCCUUUAUUUAAAAGAAGAUGGAAAAAAGUCCUGGAAGAGACGUUAUUUUCUUCUGCGAGCUUCUGGAAUUUAUUAUGUACCCAAAGGAAAAACCAAGACAUCACGGGAUCUGGCAUGCUUCAUUCAAUUUGAGAAUAUGAACGUUUAUUAUGGUUCUCAACACAAAGUGAAAUAUAAGGCACCUACAGAUCACUGCUUUGUCUUAAAGCACCCCCAGAUUCAAAAGGAGUCACAAUAUAUCAAAUACUUAUGCUGCGAUGAUCAAGCAACCCUGCAUCAGUGGGUAACAGGAAUAAGAAUUGCCAAGUAUGGCAAGACGCUAUAUGGUAAUUACAAAUGUGCAGUGAAGAAAGCUGGCUUGUCCUCUCGGUGGGCAAAUCAAGGAACGGUGGAACCAGCUGCCCCUGCAGGAUCCUUAUCAGCAGGUGCCGUUCAGGCAAAUGGACAGAUUCCCCAAAUUGAUUGUCGUUCCGGUGCAGAAUUUCCAGAGACUCAGAAGAAAGUGGAUACAUCAGAGGUACAGGCUAAGUCAAAUAACGUCAGUGCACCUGGCCUGGCACAGUCAGUGUUGAGGCCACAGAAAUACCAGAGUAAGAGGAACUCACUGCAGCCUCCUCCUCCACCUGAAAGGCGGUCAUCUGCUAUUGCUGUUUCACCAAUUCUACCCUCCAAAGCCAAACGAGGCAGCAGCAUUUUCCUAACAGAUCCAGACAGCUUUCCAGCACCGCCACCUACAUUGAAGAUUGAUUUUCCACCACCACCGUCUGAUUUCUGUGAAUCUCCUCCUGAUUUUGUGCCUCCACCACCACCAGCCUCCAGCAGCGGUAAUGGAGACCUGCCAUUACCCCCUCCACCUCCACCUUCCUCCAGUAAGCCAUCACCUCCGACAAAGAAACCUGUGCCACUUCCUUCAAAAAGGCUAGAAAACACAGGACAAGCUGGAGAGCCGCAGCCAGCUGGGCCACCUCCGAUUGGGGGUGGAGGCAGGCAAGCAGAUUUCAUGUCUGACCUAAUGAAAGCUCUUGAGAAGAAAAGGGGCAGCAGCUCCUGAACUCUGGGAACAGGUGGACUUCAAGCUAUAGCUGUUUUUGUGAGGCAUCAUGGAAGGUCAUGCUGGAUCAGGCCCCACCAGGAGGAAUUCUCCUUCAGAGUUCCUCCUGGGGGUCCCAAGAAGUAAAGCGGGGUGCCCUCUGUCCCACAUGUUGUC